CGCGCCAAUCAGCGCGGGCCACGGUACGACUGUGUUAUGUUGUUACGCUGCUGGUUGGAGACCGGCUGUGUGAUGCAGUGAGUGAGGUGGAGAGUUCAUGCGGCUCACACAGCACUACACAGCCUGAAGAAGAAGCCUUGAACAAGAUACUGACUAGACACAAAGAACAACCAUGCGAGCGCUCUUGGGUGUGUUAGCGUGUUCCCUGACUGUACUCUCUGUCCACGGUCUCUACUCUGCCAGUGAUGAUGUGGUUGAACUCAACCCCUCCAACUUUAACAGGGAAGUCAUGCAGAGUGACAGUCUCUGGCUGGUCGAGUUUUAUGCCCCCUGGUGUGGUCACUGCAAGAGCUUGGCUCCUGAAUGGAAGAAAGCAGCCACAGCUUUAAAGGGCAUUGUGAAGGUGGGUGCUGUGGAUGCAGACCAACACAACUCCCUGGGAGGCCAGUAUGGAGUCCGAGGCUUCCCAACUAUCAAGAUCUUUGGAGCCAACAAACAAAAACCAGAGGAUUACCAAGGUGGCCGUACCAGUCAGGCCAUUGUAGACGCAGCUCUGAAUUCUCUCCGCUCCCUGGUCAAAGACAGACUUGGUGGAAAGACUGGAGGUUCAGACUACAGCAGACAGAGUGGAGGUGGUGCUGGCAAUAAGAAGGAUGUGGUGGAGCUGACCGAUGAUAACUUUGACCGUACCGUGCUGGACAGCGACGAUGUCUGGUUGGUGGAGUUCUUCGCCCCCUGGUGUGGACACUGCAAAAAUCUUGAGCCAGAAUGGACGGCAGCCGCCACAGAAGUCAAAGAGCAGACGAAGGGUAAAGUGAAACUGGGUGCUGUGGAUGCUACUGUUCAACAGGGCUUGGCAAGCCGCUAUGGGAUUCGAGGAUUCCCCACCAUCAAGAUCUUUCGUAAAGGAGAGGAGCCAGAGGACUAUCAGGGGGGACGUACCCGAUCUGACAUUGUUGCUCGUGCCUUGGACCUCUUCUCUGAUAACAUCCCUCCUCCAGAGCUUCAAGAGAUUUUGAGUGAAGAUGUUUUGAAGAAGACCUGCGAGGACUAUCAGCUGUGUAUCAUAGCUGUGUUGCCUCACAUUCUAGACACAGGUGCAUCUGGAAGAAACUCUUACCUGGAAGUGAUGAAGAUGAUGGCAGAGAAAUACAAGAAGAAGAUGUGGGGUUGGUUGUGGACUGAAGCAGGGGCACAGAUGGAGCUUGAGGCCUCUCUUGGAAUUGGUGGAUUUGGCUAUCCCGCCAUGGCAGCCAUUAAUGCUCGCAAGAUGAAGUUCGCUCUGCUUAAAGGCUCAUUCAGUGAAACAGGCAUCCACGAAUUCCUCAGGGAACUUUCUGUUGGCCGUGGCUCCACUGCUACGGUGGGAGGCGGAGCUUUGCCUAAGAUCAACACUGUGGAGCCUUGGGAUGGGAAAGAUGGAGUGUUGCCCAUGGAGGAUGACAUUGACCUGAGCGACGUGGAUCUGGACGAUCUGGAGAAGGAUGAGUUAUGAGCCUGGUCUAAACCACUCUAGACCUCUGAGACCCAAAUGAUGCCCAUGUCUUCUCUCCCAUGGAUGAGGGGAUGGUUGGGACAUGAACUUCCUUAAGACUCCUAAAAACAUACAAAUAAAGCAAAUGGUUGUGCAGCUUUUUAAAAGAAAACAUCCCUGUUAGUUUAAAAAUGAGGCUUUUCAAUAUGUACAUCAUGAUUGAGCUAUGCUCUGCCUCAAUUCCUUCUUCACUUUUGGUGACUGAUUGGAUCUUUCAAUCAGCUUGAUGAAGGAGAAUGUGGCUCUGUGAUUAUCAAUCACUUGUUUCCAGAGAGCAGAUGUCACACAGAGGCUCUUCAUAGGACACGUUCUAAUAUCUGUUUCAUUGACUAGAUUUAAUCCGAUGGUACUGGUCUUUCUGUUAAUGAGAUAAACCAGUGGUUAUUUAUAUCAGCCUUUCUGUGUUUUCAGCAGCUCAUUUCACUGGAGUUACAAGAAGCCUAACGUUUCCAUUUUCACCCUUUAUCCCUCUCAUGUGACCUUUUUUUUUUUUUUCUUAUUUGUUUUUAAAUUGUGUUACUGAAAAGAAUGUCAGCCAACCUGUAUCCCAGUUUGCCCAUUUGUCUUGUGUGCUAGACCGGGUGUAAUGUGGGCAUCGUGUAGAUUUUUCUUACACAGCUUUGUUUUGAAAGAAAAAAUGUUUUUGUUAUGAAAAUAAAACAAAAAUAAUAAAUUGACUCUUUUUUUAUUACCACAGAAGUUACACUGAUAGACACCAGAGGCCUAUGAAUCAGUGGUUUAUUGAGACUUCAUGCAGACAAAUACACUGUUCAGUUGUAAAGAGGCAACAUUCAGAUUCGCACUGAUGCUUUGGCUUGACAAAAAUAUGGCUGGACAUCCAAUCCCAGCUGCAGUAUACAAUUUUUUUUUUUUUUUUUUUUUCACAA